AUGAACCACCUUGCAUUUCUCCUAAUUAAUGGAACUCUUGUUUUUCUAAAUGCCCUGGCUAAUGCGUUUUAUGUGUUUUGCAUUGGCUGUCCACUUAACGGAAAAAGGAUCAAACAACCUCUGCAGCUUCUCCUGGGGACCUUGAUUGGCUGUUCAAUAACAUACCUGAUGUCAUUUAUGGUGAUGGUCUUUUCUCGUCAAGCUGAAAGUUGGAGAGUCUCUCGGAUCUCAAAUGUGGUGGCGGUCUGCAGUCUGUCCAAUAGUAUAACAUCCUCUGUUUGGCUGAACUUCUUCUACUACACCCAGAUUGUACCUGCGCAGAGUGCUCUCUCCAUCUGGAUUAAGAAGAAUGUCAAAUCCAUCAUCUACUGCUUUUGGCUUGUUGAGAGGAUUUACACUGUGUUCGAUUUUACAACCUUAUAUUUGGGCCAUUCGUUUUAUAGAUUUGGAUCGAGCAAUUCCACAAUGGAUCAUGACACUGUGGUUUCUUCCUUGAAAUGGCUCAAAUAUGUAUUCCUCAUUGUGGUUCGGAUUCUGAAGAUCCACUUAUUUUUCUGUCUGUGUGUGAUGUUGAUGUCGAGUCUUUGUACUGUAGUCUACCUGUGUGGACACAUGCGUCGUAUGGUAGCAAACGGACAGCCAGUGUCCCAUCCACGGUUACGCAGCCAGGUGAGGGUCACCGUCACUGGCAUCCUACAGGGAGUCCUGUACCUGAUCUGCGCUGUGUGGACUAUGUGCGAGUUUUUUCCCUUUGUGUUCAUCGAUCCAACCACACAUUUCACUGUCAUUAACCUGUACAUGUCAGGCACUACGGUGGCCCUGGGAGUUGGUCAGGCUGUAUUCAGGCAGAGAGCAGCGGAUAUCUGGCUCAGAGCAGCUCGAUGCUGCAGAGAACAACAGACUUAA